CCAACCUGUUUGAGGUCAACAUUUCAGAGUUUAAACAGCUCCGACAAUGCAGGCGUGAGGUGGGCCUGCUGAGGAAACUGUGGGACAUGAUCACCAUGGUGCAGUCUAACAUCGCUGCAUGGACAACAACUCUGUGGAGAGAUGUCCAGGUGGAGGACAUGGACCUGGAGUGUAAACGCUUCUCUAAAGAUAUACGAUGCCUGGAUAAAGCGGUUAGAGCCUGGGACGCCUACGGAGGUCUCGACAGCACAGUGAAAAACCUCCUUAUCUCCCUCCGGGCCGUGGCGGAGCUCCAGAACCCAGCCAUACGAGAACACCACUGGCAUCAGCUGAUGGCCGCCACUGGAGUCCGCUUCACCAUGGACCAG